AUGACAUGGAAUAUAUCAUCAUCACAUAUAAUAUUAAUACUUCUCGUUUUAAUACGACUAAACACUAGAGCUGGCCUCGUUUUUGCCAUUGCCAACAUAAGGUUUAACGAUGUUGAUGGUAUUAAUCUAAAUGGAGGUAUAGUUGAGGACACAUCUACACGAAAACUUUUGAAUAAUAAAAUGUUCAAAAGUAAUUAUAAACUUUCAUCUAAAAGAGCUGAUGAUAAUUUAGCAUUUAUUAACUCAAGUUGUGACGACAUGAUGUCAAGUGACUUGACCGUAGUAAAAAAAGAUAAGUCAAAGAGAAAUGGACCAUCUCGUACUGCACCAUUCUGUAUUGUUGAUGAAAAUGGGUUUCGCUGUGACUCUACAAAUCAAAACUCAUGGCGAAUUAACAGUGAUAACGGUUUAACAUUCUCUGAUUUAGAAUUUGAAGGUGAAGUAUGUCAAAUAUUCAUACCACCCAAUAAUCCAAAUGAAGCGACUCUUUUAAUUGAAUUAAUGGUAAAUAGCUCCUUUGGUACUCUAUACUUACCAAACAUUACUGGAACAUGGGAAAGACCUUUUGAUUUUUUAGGAAAUUGUAAACAGCCAUUUUUUUGUGACACAUCAAUUAAUGGAGGUAUCACAUCAUCAAAGGCAGUUACUAAUGGAACUUGUCGAUUAAAAUUUAGUAGAGCAACACCUUGUUUUAGUGCUAAUCAAUGCGAUACACAUAGAUGUACUGGUGAUUUCCAACAAAGUGAUAAAGGACCUCUUGUAACAAAUGAGACUGUCGUAACACCAAACGGACAACCUAUUUUGAGUAAUGAAAUUUGUGCUGCACUUGGUGAUUUACAACGACCUUUAAUAUCUCAACCUCUAGAUACUCCUACAGAUACAGCAACUAGUACACCUGAAAUUAUUCUAUUAUCUGUUUUAGGUACAGGAACUAAUAGCGAUGAUAGUUUGCGUAAUAUAAGUUUAUCAGCUCGUAAAGGGGUUUUAAAUUUAUUUUCCACGAAUAAAAAUGAAAAUUUCAGUACAACUUCUAGACAAGUUGACUUUAAAGGAUCUAAACCAAAUUCUUCGGAAGCUGCUAUAGCGUUAAUAUCACCUGUACCUGCCAUUAAAAGGUCUUCCCUUUUUAGUAAUUCUAACGAAUUAUAUAAUAAUGAGAGUGAAAUAGACCUUGUUUCAAAUUAUUCUAAUCGUACUAGUCUGGAUUCAAGUAAUACAAGAGGUAGUAAUGUUGGAAGCAUAGGUAUAAUCAAUAUGACCAAUGUUGGAAUUGGUAGAAGUAACGAUAAUUUAUCAGUUCAAAAUCCUCUUGAAGUAUUUAAAUUGGCAAGAGUUCCUUCACAAACUGCCAGAAUUUUUAAUCCUGAUUCAUACUUUCAAUUACAACAAAAUCAAAAUAUGUUCACUCUCCCUGAAAAAAAUAUUAAAGAACAAUUUACGGAAGCGUCUGAAGAAGAUAAAAAAAUUAAACAAUUUACAGAAGCGUCUGAAAAAGAUAAAAAAAUCAGAACUCAACUUGAAAAAAUAGAGGAUGAAAUAACGCGUGAAAAUGCAUUAAAUGCAACACUUGAAUUAGAAGAUAUGGUUAUUGUCAAAGAUCCUAAUAAGGAAAUAUUAGAAGAAAAGGAACGACAAGAAAGACGGCAAAAAAAGUUGGAAAUGUUAUAUAAUCAACAAUUUAAAGGGAGUAGUAAUGUGUAA